GAGCGAGAGAGAGACUGGUAAAGAGAGAGAGAGAUGAAGAGAGAGCGCUUUACUGCAGUAUCACUACAUUUCAGCAUCACUCAUCAAAACUCUGCGGCAUGCGGACGAGAACGGCAGAUGCCGGGGUUGUACUGAGUGUAGUGCCAACAUUAACUGUAAUUAGAUACCCUAGCACGGAGCUGCCAGAUUUUCAUCCUUCUUGCAAAACAACUCUUCAUUUGUGCACUUGAUAGCGGUUUUCUGCUUUCUAUCUGAGUAAUUGGCACCCGUUUGUUUCCAGAGCAACUCUGUAACAAGUUUUGUAGUGUAGGCCUACCUCACAGCUAGAUACUUCACAUAUCACCCUAACGACUAUCUACAUUAGGCUAUAAAGCCCGGUAAUAAAAACAUCUAGAAAUGGCAAAAGAUGCCGAGAAGAGCACUUGGAAGGACACCAUAUGGAACCCCAGUACGCGGGAAUUUUGUGGCAGGACAGCGAGCAGCUGGGGCCUCAUCCUGCUCUUCUACCUAGUGUUCUACAUCUUCCUAGCAGGCAUGUUCUGCCUCACCAUGUAUGUCAUGCUGCAGACCUUGGAUGACCACAAACCCACCUGGCAAGACAGGCUUAGCACACCAGGCAUGAUGAUCAGACCCAGGGGAGACACCAUGGAGAUCAACACCCACAACACUGAGAGCUGGGACAUGUAUAUCAAGACCCUGGACAACUUCCUCUCCUCCUACAACAACUCUCUGCAGGCUGAAAAGAAUGACAAGUGCCCGCCGGACCAGUAUUUUAUUCAGGCAGACAGCGGUGAUGUGAAGAACAACCCCAAGCGCUCCUGCCAGUUCAACCGAUCCCUUCUACAAGAGUGCUCUGGCCUCGAUGACCAUACCUAUGGAUACCAGGCUGGCAAGCCAUGCAUCAUCAUCAAGCUGAACCGGGUCAUUGGGAUGUUGCCAGGAAAGGAUGGCAAGGCUCCAUUUGUCACUUGUGGAGCGAAGAAAGAAGACUCUGAUAAGAUUGGAGUGGUGGCGUACUACCCUGAAAAGGGCGCCUUCAACCUCAUGUACUACCCUUACUAUGGCAAGAAAGCUCAGGUGAACUACUCCCAGCCUCUGGUUGCCAUUAAGUUCCUCAACAUCACCCUCAACGAAGACAUCAACAUUGAGUGCAGGACCAACUACAUUCCUCCUGGGAGUGAAAGAGACAAGUUUGCUGGAAAAGUGUCUUUCAAACUGAGGAUCAACACUAAACAAUAGAUGUACAUUCUCUGUCUCUCACAAAUAUUCACACUGACAUGCUGUGCACAGGUACACACACACAUACAGAAACAGAUAACAGAAUUAACACCCUCAGUUUGACUAAUAGAAUAUGUUUACAACUUUCAUUUACCCUCGAUGUCGGCCAUCGUAUGCCCAGUUUAGUGAUGUCAGAUUGGUGCAGUAAAAAGGGGGGUAAUUCUGUCUCUGUUUUUGUGUGAGAUUUGGAACUGAUUCUGUUCUGUAAGUUAGUUUGACUUGAAGUCUAUUUAUCAACACGUCUUACCAGUUUACUGUGGGUCCUUCCUUGCUGCCUCCCUCUAGAGUGCCCCUUUAUAUAGGAAUAUACACUAAAUCCAAUACAAAACGUGUAUAUCUAUUUAUAUAUAAUAUCCUUAUAUCAGUAUGUCUAUUUUGUUGCACUUGAAUAGUUCAACAGCUAAACAUAUGAUGUAAAAAACAUUUUGGUGGAUGAAUGCAGAGACAGAGUCAUUUUUCAUGUGUGUAUUGUCUUUCGUGUCCUAAGAAAGCUGGAGGCCUCAUGUCCCAGCUCUCCGCUCUGCUAUGUGGGAAUUAUUCAUUAGGUUAUGUUAAACCACUGGCCACCAGCACUCUGCAGUGAUCAUCUAGUUUAGACCCCCCCCCACACAGCCAUUGUGUGAAUGAAAUGUGAGCUAUAAGAAGAUAGCAUCUCCAACAUGGGGAGUUAUAGAGGUCAACACCUUUGAGUAUGUGUAUGUGUGUAUGUUUGUAUGUGUAUGUUUGUAUGUGUGUGUACUGUAUGUGUGUGUGUGUACUGUAUGUGUGUGUGUGUGUACGGUAUGUGUAUAUGUGUGUGUGUACUGUGUUUGUAUGUAUGUGUGUGUACUGUAUGUAUGUGUGUGUGUACUGUAUGUUUGUAUGUGUGUGUACUGUAUGUAUGUGUGUGUGUGUACUGUAUGUUUGUGUGUGUGUGUGUACUGUAUGUGUAUGUUUGUGUGUGUACUGUGUUUGUAUGUAUCUGUGUGUACUAUAUGUGUAUGCUUGUGUGUGUGUGUACUGUAUGUGUGUGUACUGUAUGUGUAUGCUUGUGUGUGUGUGUGUACUGUAUGUGUGUGUACUGUAUGUAUGUUUGCAUGUGUGUGUGUACUGUAUGUGAAUGUAUAUGUGUGUGUGUACUGUGUUUGUAUGUGUACUCUAUGUGUAUGUUUGUAUGUGUGCGUGUACUGUGUUUGUAUGUGUACUCUAUGUGUAUGUUUGUAUGUGUGCGUGUACUGUGUUUGUAUGUGUACUCUAUGUGUAUGUUUGUAUGUGUGUGUACUGUAUGUGUAUGUUUGUAUGUGUGUGUGUACUGUAUGUGUGUGUUGUGGUAAACCGUUGGGUGGAGCGUGCAGAGAUUGACACAGAGAUAGGGAGGCUUUAGUUCGCAAAAACAACUUUACUAAGACAUCAAAUAAAUACAUCAAAGAAAUAACUUUGGUUUUGCUCGGUCUUCCUUCUCUUUAUUAACUAGUGUCCGUCUCUCUCCCUUCUCUACUGUGGCUUGGUGUCGGUCUCUCCCAGUUCUUUCCCGCGGUGUGCCACCGUGCUCCUUUUAUUUAGCCUCCACAGCUGGUUGGCACUUUCCUCUAAUUACCUCCACUUAGAGCUGUCCAUGAAUUGGAUCAGUCUCCCAUAACAUGGAUAUACAUUGUUCUUACAGUGCACACACAUGGUUUGUGUUCACAGCUGUGUCCCUCCAGCUCAAGGGUUAGGUCUUUUUGCAUGUACAUCACAUAUAUAUUUGAUUUUGUAUUGAUUUGCGCUGGUUUGUGUUUUCUUGUGAAGAAGAGAUGCUUAUGGUUCUGUGGAGAAGGACAAAUAGAGAGUUUGUUUUUGUUUCUAUGUUUGUUUAAACAUUUGUACAUGGCUUGUUACUGCUGUGAUAGCCUUCAAACUGAGAUGCACUGACUCCAACGUUUCUGAUUACAUUGACCAGAAUGUCUAUAGGGCUGUUUUGGUAAUACGGAUCAUUUGUUUGAUUUUUGAAGGAUUCUCUGCCAUUCCAUUGCUUUAAACAGGGGAGUACAACAGAACAACCAACCUUGGAGUUGGAGGCUGUACUCUAACUAUAAACAUCUACAAUUGAGCGUUUAGGAAUUUGCUGUUGCAUGGUGGUCAAUGUGCUGUUGCACAGGUACCCUGGAUGUGCUGCUGACUUGAUUAGGUACACAUAAUAAGAAAAGCCCAUCCAUCAGUUGAGGAAUGUGUGGAUCUGAGCGAGCGCUGCUGAACCCAGGCACCUCGCCUUGGCUGUGACAUUGUGCCAAUGUGACUGAUCCUGCUAUGACAUCAUAGCAACACUUUCAGAACACUAGCAUCUGUUCACUCAAAUUAAGGAUUGGGUUGACUUUUAGGGCCUAUUCUUUUCUGUCAGUAUUGUAUAUCAAUACAUUCUCCUUCAUUUGGAUUGAAGUGGUGCCUCGGUAAUAUCAUCAUCAAGACUGACAGUAAUACUAUGUUUUGUUUGAUAGAUGUGCUGUAUAAUACAUGUUGAGGUAUAUAGGAGUGAUUGAACAAAGUACAUUGACUCCAUGCUAAACAUGCAUGCUGCAUGUAGCCUACCAAUAGUCCUUGUUUUUGAGCAGUGCCAGUGCUACGUAUUCCUUAUCAUUCCUGCUCCACUCAGUCUGUCACGCUUCAUUUCACUGUAAUCUCUUAAUCUGGUCAAAUAAUCCAAAACAGGUCCCCUUCUUUAUCCUCUCUUUGUAGUUCCACCUUGUGUCAACCCUCCGUCUUUUGCUCUCUCUUUCUCUCUCUCUCUCUCUCUCUCACUCACUCACUCACUCACUCACACACACACACACACAAAUCAUCCAUGCUUUCUGUUAAGAUAUGCAAGGUUAGGAAAGACUAUGGUAUGUGUUUAGUUCCACAGUUACUUUACACUACAACAUUAUCAGGGUUUUAUCCAUGUGACCCACAUAUUGCCAUGUUGUACCACAAGCCAUUUUUCCUCAUGAGCCCAUUCCAUUCACAAUUCAAUCUACAAGUAAAUGUGUAUACUAUCCAUGGUGUGUGUAGCCACGGACUUACAGAUAUGUAUAUAUAUUCCUGAUGGCAAAAGUAAUGCUUUUCUUUGCUACAUACAAGAUUAGUCCUGCCACAUUCCCUCCAACCAAAGAUAUUCAUGAGGAUUUUAUUAGUAUGAAAAAAACAUGCUGCAACUGCCAGACCACAGAUCUUUCUGAGAGAAAGGAUUUCAUUUAAAACAUGUUUCAGAAUGAUGUGUGAAUGGCAUUUCAUGAGCAGUCCUAUUCUUACAUAAUGAUCCACGAAGAAGGAGCAUGUUUCACUAAAUGACAACAGUGCCUCUUGGUGGACAGAUCGUGUUGUUCCCCAGUGUCACCUGUUAUGUAAUUAUAUCUCCAUAUAUCCGUUUUUAAGUUAUCAUUUGGACAUUUCUUCAAAAAGCAACAUAUUUAUUUGUUUUUAUUCUUGGAAAGACUGCAACAAAUGUAUAGUAACAAAAAUAAUAAAGAGCUUGAGGAAGAAGACAGAAAGAACAUGGAAAUAUUACGUUGACAUAUAGAUGUACUUAUGUUUGCUAAUGCGCGUCUUCAAGAUUGAACAAUAGAAACAUAACGGUUUUGUUUUCAAAAAGGGAUAAAGUAUUUGUAUUGUUAUUUUGUUGAAGAGGAAAUAAUGUAUUAGCAUUGUAUUGAGACCGGGGUGCUACAUGGUAGGUUUUCGACCUGUAAUCUCAGAAUUCUGAGUGAGACUGAAGAAAACUUGACAAUUAAACACAUACCAAGUAGCAUUUUUUUUUCUAAGUCUGACCCCUACUUUCUCUGUCUUGUUUUCAACCUUGCAGUAUUGAAUGGCUGCCCUGUUGAAACGCUUUCUCAGUCAUUGUCUACUGGCUACUCUUUUAGGUGAACAGUGCAUGUCUUUAUAUGGGCACCAAGAUGACGAGAUGAAGAAGGGCAUCCUCUUCUGGUAUUGGUUUAAUGAGUUACACUGAUUCAAUAGAAAGCUGCAUAUUUACAGUAACUGCAAAGGAUUUAUCCCCAAACAGCACAAUACUUGCCUGUGGAAACUAGUGUGAACUAGCAAGACAGCUUUUCACUAAAGAUCCUCCUGGAAAAUAAUAUAAAGACGUGCUUCUACACCUGCAUUGCUUGCUGUUUGGGGUUUUAGGCUGGGUUUCUGUACAGCACUUUGAGAUAUCAGCUGAUGUACGAAGGGCUAUAUAAAUAAAUUUGAUUUGAUUUGAUUUAUGUCCCUGAAAAUCUUGAAUCAGACAGUUUAUUAAAAACUUAUCUAAGGCAGAACUCCUUUGAAACACUUUGGGAUAGUCUCUCACCCAAAAUGAA